CGUUUCUUACCUGGUAGUUGAUAAAUUUCUAAAUGGAUCCAUUUCAAUCAGAAAGUACUCUUGCUCCUCCAGGUACAACAAGUAUUCCUUCUCCACCACCAAUUGAAAUAAAUGCUAUUCAAAAAUUAUCUAAUGAUGAUGAUGAUGAAGAAAAAAAUAUAAAACUUCCUCAAGCAUUAGAAAAAGUACUUGCUCUUAAGACUGUAAGAGCACAACAAUUAGGUGUUGAUCCAGAUUCUGAAAUCACACCGUUUUCUCAAACUUCUCAAGCAAAAGGAAAGCCUAAAUCUUUAGUCGCAGUAGAUGAAAUUGAAGAUGAUGAAGGCGAUGAGGAAGUUACUUCUCAUCCAAAAGAGUCAAAAAAUAAGAGACGCAAAAAGAAGAAAAAGCGUAGGGCACGACAGAAAAAAUUGGAACAACAAAAAGAUAAACCAAAAGUUCCACAAGAAGAAAAUAAAGAAAAUACUGUUGAUGUUGAUGUAGAAUAUGUGAUGGAAAAUCUUGAACCGACUGAUCCUCUUUAUGCUCAGUUUGUAAAAAUAUUUGAAAAAUUUAAAUUAACAGAAUCAGAUAAAGGCGAUGAAAAAUCCGAUGACGCACAAAAAGAAGCUUCACGUGAACCAGUUCGUUUAAUAAAAAAACCUGCUGAUUUGGAUGAAUCAGAUUCUGAUUCAGACUAUGAAUAUAUGAUGAGAAAAGAAGAAGAAAAUAAACCAAAGUUAUCAAAGAGGAAGUUGAAAAAGUUAAAUAGAAUGAGUAUUGCCGAACUGAAACAAAAAGUCAGUAGGCCAGAAUUGGUUGAAAUGCAUGAUGUUACUGCAAAAGAUCCUGUUUUGUUACUACAGUUAAAGGCUACAAGAAAUACUGUUCCUGUGCCAAGACAUUGGUGUUUUAAAAGAAAAUAUCUUCAAGGUAAACGUGGUAUUGAGAAACCUCCUUUUGAAUUACCUGAUUUCAUUAAACGAACAGGAAUAAUGGAAAUGAGACAAGCUCUUCAAGAAAAGGAAGAUGAAAAAACACUGAAAGCAAAAAUGAGAGAAAGAGUGAGACCAAAAUUAGGAAAAAUUGAUAUCGAUUAUCAAAAACUGCAUGAUGCUUUCUUUAAAUGGCAAACCAAACCAAGGAUGACAAUUCAUGGAGAUUUAUAUUAUGAGGGGAAAGAAUUAGAAACACGUCUAAAAGAUAAAAAACCUGGUGAACUCAGUGACGAAUUACGAGUAGCAUUAGGAAUGCCCACUGGACCUAAUGCCAAUAAAUGUCCUCCACCCUGGCUAAUUGCUAUGCAGAGAUACGGGCCUCCACCUUCUUAUCCAAAUUUAAAAAUUCCAGGUUUAAAUGCUCCAAUUCCUGAUAGCUGUUCUUUUGGAUAUCAUGCCGGUGGAUGGGGUAAGCCUCCUGUUGACGAGUUUGGACGUCCUCUUUAUGGUGACGUAUUUGGAACGCAGCUUUCUGAUAAUCAGCCCCAGUUAAAUGAUGAAGAUAUUGACCGAACUCUGUGGGGUGAAUUAGAAUCUGAGUCAUCUGAAGAGGAAGAGGAUGAAGAAGAAGAAGAUGAAGAGGAGGAAGAAAAAACAGAAGAUGAAACAGGUCUGGUAACUCCGGCUGAAGGACUGGUUACUCCAAGCGGAUUUAGUUCUAUACCUGCUGGAAUGGAAACACCCGAUAUGAUAGAACUGAGAAAACGUAAAAUAGAAGCCGAAAUGGAAGGUGGAGAAACACCAGCUCUGUACACAAUAUUACCUGAAAAGAAAUCUGAAAAAAUUGGUAGUGCCAUGAUGGGUUCAACUCACAUAUAUGAUUUAUCUGCAGCUAUUCCUGGUGGAAAACCGAAAACACCGGGCAUGGUUAUUUCAGGUACCACCUCCGUUCCUCCUCAUGGUAUUGAAGUUGCUCUAGAUCCAAGCGAAUUAGAAAUGGAUACCGCAGCAAUGGCCGCCAGAUACGAGCAGACUGUCAGGGAACAACAGUCUCAUCUUCAAAAAGAAGAUCUGAGUGAUAUGGUUGCAGAACAUGCUGCAAGGCAGAGGAACAAAAGAAAGAAACAGCAACAAGACAGUGGGAAAGCUCCCAAGAAAUACAAAGAAUUCAAAUUUUAAUUUUAUAUUAAUAUUCUUUCCCAAAUGUUUUAAUUAAAUAAAAUUUUAUUUAAAGAAUCGAGGUACUGAAAUAUUAACAUUACCAUAUUCCUUAAUUGUACGAAUGACCAAAUUAAGUUUACGUUUGUGGUUACAAUUGUAAUAUUGUAUGACAAGGUUAUAAUUCUUGAGUCACAAAAUAUAGAGAUGUAAUUGUGUAAGUAUUCAAUGUAUGUUUGGCAUUGAAGUAGAUGGUUGUUCAUUCAUCUUAUGUGUAAAAUAGUUUUGCAUAUUAAAAUAAUAAUAUUUCGUUCAUCUUAAA